AUGGCGACUAAGGCGGCGUUUAAACGGCUCACUCGCGAGUAUCAAAACAUCCAAAAGAACCCUCCGCCAUAUAUAGUGGCGCAUCCGUCGGAGACCAACAUCCUCGAAUGGCACUACAUGCUGACCGGACCCCCCGACACCCCAUACGAGAAUGGACAAUACUGGGGUACCCUGAUCUUCCCUCCGGAAUACCCUUUCGCGCCUCCUGCCAUCCGCAUGCACACACCAAGUGGUCGAUUCCAGCCUUCCACGCGGCUUUGCUUGAGCAUCUCCGACUUCCACCCGAAGUCAUUUAACCCCGCGUGGGAAGUCUCCACAAUCCUGAUCGGGCUUCUUUCGUUCAUGACCAGCGAAGAGAUGACUACCGGUAGCGUGAGCGCAUCUGAGGCCGAGCGCAGAGUCCUGGCUGCGCGAUCGCGCUGGUGGAACUCGACCGGCGGCGGUUCGCACGUCAACGCCACCCCGGGUGUCUCUCGAACGACCAAGGGCAUCAACAAUGUCAAGGCAGGUGAUGGAGGCUUAAAGUUCCGCACCGAAUGGCCCGAAUUGGAUCAGGAGAACUGGACGUGGAUGAAGGAGCACCGAAUCGAUACCAGCACUGGCCAGAUCCUGCCCGAUCCUAAUUCCCCCGUCAAGUGCUCUCCAGAGACCAGUGCCUUACGCCGACGACCGGUUGGUAGUGCCCCGGGCUUCGGCGCCGUCAUGGAAGGCGGCCAUGUGGCGCGGGAAGCCGGACAAGGUUGGAUUCGACGGAACCGAGUCUGGGUCGGCCUGGCUGUGCUCUUUGGCUACGCGCUCCUUUCACGACUGGUUAGCGACGUGCGCGGAUAA